AUGAAUCAACAAUUUAGAGUGGAAUACUUGAGAAUCAAACCUUAUCGAUACCGUAGAUUACCCUCACUUAAUGCCACAGGCAGUCAAAUAUUCAAGUACAGAGAGAGUUAUAGGUUAGUCUCUCUUAGGAAAUGGCUACAUCGAGAACUAAGAAGAAUUUAGUAAAACCGAUGCUGGUAUACAUGCUGAUUAUUCUCUAAGUAAGCUCUAUCACACAAAAAAGAGGAUGGCAAGAACUUCUAUCAUCAUUCUACUAUCUACAAUGUAAAAGAGUUUAAGGAAUUGAGCAAACUUCAAGAGUAAGCAUAUAUUAAAACAUUUAGUUAUCAAGAGCCUAAUCUCGCUAAAUACACAGAAUUGUAGACUAAAAUUAUGGUUGCUGAUUUCAAGAAGAAAGUUGAUGCAUUCCUAUAAAAAAACAAUUAUAAGACAAAUUUGAUUGGUAGUAAAAUAACUACAUCAUUACAUGAAUUGGAAUCAUUUCAAUCUACCAAUAAUGAAGAAUAGCUUAAUAAAUCUCUUUGCUCUAAUAAAUAUACUAUUCGAACUGAAUGUAAAUAAUCCUGAUUACUUUAGACAAAUCUAUGAAAGCAACAGAGAUACUAGUAAUUAGUAAUAAUAAGGUUGUCUCAAGAUAGAUUAUCUCUAGUGAAUUAAUUCAACAAAGACUACUAAAAUAAAUGGAAAAUUUUCUUAAAGAUGAUAGAUUUAACUAUGAUUUAAAGUACUCAAUUAAUUUUAUUAGGAUGCAAACUAUGAUAGAUUAAUAUGAAGAUAUUGUCAACAGGAUUAGACAAUAAGCAUACACAAUUAAAAUUCCAUAGAGUUAUGAAAUUUAAAUGAGUGAUUACAAUGAGUUUUACUACAAAAAAGAAGAACCAAAAAUCCCCUCAUUAAAUGACAAAUUAGAAAUCUUGGCUGACUAAAUCAUAUAAGAAAUCUAACAAUCAAGGGAAUCUACACCAUAAUUGUAAAAUCAAAUUAAUGAAGAGUAACAAGAAGAUAUUUCACCAUAUAUUGAUGAGGUAGUUAAAACUGAACCUGUCUAUACAAAAGAAGAAGAAACCACAAAUGCGAACAAUGAAUAGAUUAAUCAAAGGAAGAUAACAUAAAGAAAAGGGAAGCCCAGAAAGAAGUAAUAACAAUAAUAAUAAUAACAACAAUAAUAAUAGUAAAAUGAGUCAACAUCCGAUAAUAACAAUCCAAAAUCUUAAUAGUCGAGUUAAUCAGAAUUACCUGAUGUUUCUACCUCUUAGCAACUUCACUACUAAAGAGAAAUAAGAGAAAAAAAGAAUAGUUAAUAAAAUCCACAACCAAUUUAAGCUUAAGAAUAAAUUAUUGAAACUGAUCAUCAUCAAUAAAACUAACUACAACAAAAUCAACCAGCUGUCUAGAAUAACAAUAAAAAACAUUCAACAAAUGAUAAACAGAAGGGCAAGGUUCACUCUAGAAAAGUUACAGGAGAUACUGUUUCUUAGAGAUAAGUUCCUAUAUAUUUAGAGGCUCCAAAAGAAUAAAUUUUAGAGACCUUAAGCGAAAGGUCACAAGAUGAAACCUAAUAAUUUGAAGAAGUUUAAUCUAAAAAGCAGGAAUCUCCAAAAUAAGAGCAUUAAGAUACCAAUUAAAUAGAUAAUCAAGAAAUUGAUAUGAUCUAAAAUGAUUAAGAACCAGUAAAUUAAUAAAUAGACACAUCUGAAAUAAAAUAAUUAGUUCAACCAAUUUUAAACAGUAAACCGUUGCGCAAUCCUGAAUAAAGAGAUGCUGUUGAUAUUUGGGAUAAUGGUAUACCUACAGUAAUUAGGCCAACUCCUAGGCCUAAACCAACUGUAUAGGAGAACCGACAAAUCGAACCAAAAUAAAAGCAAAAUAGUAAUAUCAAUCUAAAAUAAGCAGAAGAUAUAGAAGUAAAUUAAAUAAAAGCCUCUGAAGGUUCAGAACAAUAAUAAAUUCAAUAAGAAAUUAUUAAUGAACAACCUUUGAAAUCUGACCCAUGUUUGGAUACAUCGGAACCUUAAUAAAUCAAAAUAGAAAAUUCUCAACCUAAACACUAACAAUAAUAAAAUAAGACCGUUGUUACAAAAACAGUUUUAGAAUAAAAAGAAAUAAACUCUGUUAGAAUAGUAAAGUAAACUGUUGAAUAAAAUGAUUAAUAAGUAGAAGAUAAUAGUAAUAUUGAUUACUAAUAGCUUAUCAACCAAAAAAUGAAAUUAAUUGAACAACAACUUCAACAACCUUGUCUUGAUAUCAUUGAUAUCUUAUUAGCUUCAGAUUUAGUCUAUAGUGUAAAUAUAGAAAAUUAUAAAAUCUCAAAAUCAUAUAAAAAGAAAGUCAAUCAUCCAAAAUUUUUAUUUGAAUAGAAGGAUGAAGAGGAAGUGUAUACUCAUUAGUAUAUUCUUUAUUUAAUUUAGGGUAAUUUGGAGACACGAAUUAUAGGAAGUAAUCCCGAAAUUGUAAAAUUUAAAUAAACAAAUUGAGGUUCUAAUUGAUGAUAAUGAUGACUAUAGAAGAAAUAAUGUUUACACAAUAGAAGAAGAAAAUGAUGAAUCUGAUUAUUGA